AUGGCUUCAUCCGCUAACGAUGUGUGGGGAGCGGUUUUUGUUGCCACAAAUAUGUACCCGGAGGCCAUGCCUGACCAGAUCACAGCCAUCCGGGUGACCAACCGAGACGGUGUUACAGCCGGUUCGAUUCGGGAGAUCACUUAUGGAAAAGAAAUAAAACGGAUGGUUGCGCGGGCGACCGAGGAGAUCACCCGGGUUGACCAUGAGCAUCGAACCAUUGAAUCAAGGUUCAACAACGAUAGGGAGUUCGUGGGGAAGAUCUUUCGAUCUGCCUCUUUGGUCAUAAAGGUGGAUCCGAAUUCCUUCGACAAUGGCCCCAGCAGUCGAGGUUGCACCAUCACCUGGACCUUGACCUACUCCGGUUUCAAAGACAAUCUCAAUUUCAAGAUGUUCCAGGAUGCUAUAGGACGCGGAUUCGCGAGUUUGGACACUUAUUUAACCAACUGA